AAGCAUUAAUGACCUCCUACAAAAUGUUCAAUGAAAUAAAUAUAUAUGGUGUGCAUGCUUUAAAAUUGCUGCUUUUAAUGCAGGUAUCUAGUCACGAGUCACGACAUUUAAGAUAGUUCCAAGGGGAACCGAAGGAGCUGUUAGUGUUGAGGGAACCGUUGCUGGACUUUUAGCAUCAAUUCUCCUUUCUUUCGUUGGUUAUCUGAUGGGUGAGGGUGGAAGACCACGUGUUGCAGACUUCGUUCAUGGUUCUGAUGGAUUAGGGAACAUUUCCUUACCUCCUCCAAAAUCCAAGAAAAUUGAGAAGAAGGCAUCGGAAUUUUUGGUGGAUAUGGUUUCUAAAUAUCCUGGUGAAGUAUCCAUACUUGUGCUAGGACCAUUGACAAAUUUUGCUUUAGCAAUGAAAAGGGUCUCAUCCUUUGCAAGCAAGGUCAAGAGAGUAGUUAUUCUUGGUGGAUCUUUCUUUGCAUUGGGGAAUGUCAAUCCUGCUGCUGAAGCAAAU